UGCAUUUAUGGGAUGUCGGCGGGCUCGCGCUACAUGGCAACAUGCUGGACAAAUACAUCUUCGGUGCUCAUGUAAGAAAAGGGACUACACCCAAUAGACGUUCCAACGAAAUAUCAUCAUCGAAGAAUUUCAAUCGGAUUUUUCUGCGAUGGAAAAGCACAUAUGUAUAUUUUUCAGAUCAUACUCUUAGUCUACGACGUUACGAACAGUUUCAGUUUCGAGGUCCUGGAGGAAUGGAUAGACAAAAUUAGGAAAUUUAGCAAUAGCUACGAGGAAACACCGCUGAUGGCUGUAGUUGGCAACAAAUGCGACAUGGAGCAUCAGAGGACGGUGAAAAAGGAUCGGACACACAAAUUUGCGGCGGAUAACGGAUUUCCGUCCCACGAUGUCUCUGCGAGAACUGGCGAGGCGGUUUCUUUGUGUCUGGUGACCUUAGCCGCGCAGAUCUUGGGUGUCCGGUUGACGAAAACGGAUCAGGACUAUCACAGGCCCAUAAUCAUCGCGGAAAUAGGGGACACGGUAGACAUGAGCACGGUUCACAAGGUUGUGAAAAGAAUUCCCACGAAGAAACAAACUCAAAUCCCCUUUUAUCCCCAUUUUCCUGGCUCGAAAUCGGCAGUGUGCGUGUUACAGUGAAAAUCAUGGUGAUGUUUGCAAUGGGAUAUUUUUCACGCACAGACUGGAUAAAUCUUGUGAAACAACAGGAAAGAUGAUUAUAUGGAAAAUGGCGAAAGUCGAGAAUGACAGGGGUGUACAUAAGAUGUUUGAACAGAUAUUUUUCGGUACUUUCUCGCCGUCCAUGAGAGUUCACUUAUACCAUGAGGGGCCAAUGCAAUAAACCACUGGUGUGUCUUCGUAGUAGAUUUAAAAACAGAUUUAUUUAUUGAUAAAAUCUUACUACUUGCGGUAAUAAUGUUAAUAUGGGUCGAAGUAACAAUGUUAAAAAUACUUUUACAAUAAUAGUAAUAAUAUUCAUUAUAUUAAUGUACAUACAUUGUCGAUUGAGUACAUGCCAUAUGAACUUGUAUUCGAAUCCUCUGAUGAUUUUAUAUAAAUGCUCGUGAAAAAAUCGUUCAAUACCGAGAAGAUGGGAUAAAGAAAGCUCCACGAUCGAUUUUAAAUAUCGUAAGAUUAAGUAGAACCCAAUGGCAAACGAAUAGUGUUAUUCGCAGGUUAGGAAUCGAGAGAACUAUUUGUCCAUUAAGCGAAUCGCAGAUAUAUCCUCUAUUUUUAUAAACUGUUGAUUCACCGGUUUUUUCUAAAUCUAAUCAUUAAUGGCACUAAUCAUGCAAAACGAUACAUGUAUAAAAAAAAACAUAAAUAUACAAAAUAAAACGCA